AUGCCGCGUCACCGACAACAACGGGACCCUGAUGACAACGACAGCAUCGAUUCCGGAGAAGAUGAUGGUUUUCCGAACAUCGGUGACAUGGCAACCGAUUUCGAUCGUGCUGUGUCAACAGGCAGCGCCAUCUCAUUUUCGAGAAGAGGUGAGAUUAUCGAAAUACCAUCGGAGGCUGAUGGUGAUCACCUGGCAGCGAGGAAGUUGGCUAUUUCGGCAGGGUACUUUCAACGUGCUGGUUCCGACAGCGCUGAUGUCAGUAUUGUUGAGCGAGGAAGAUCAACUUUGUCAGCGCACAGGGCAUUCGGCUGUGCAAAGAAACUGGUUCGCAGUCGAUAUUUUGCGCAUUUUAUGGUCGUCGUCGUGUUGCUUGAUGCGGUUUUGACUGCGAGCGACAUAGACUCUCGCGCAGCUGGUGUUGACACGCCGCCGGCCGUGUUAGCCGGUUCCUCUGUAUGCUUGGCGCUGUACACGGUGGAACUGCUCUUGCAGCUGGCCGUUCGAGGCCCACGAAUUUUCAAGGACUGGCUGACGAGACUGGACGUGUUUAUCAUCGCAUCCGGUUAUGCCGAUGUUUUUCUGGGCAUGAUGCUUCAUGCGGACGUCCUCGACUCGAUUGGGAUUGUCAGAGUCUUGAGACUUAGCAGGAUUGUACGCCUGAUGCAGCUAAUGCGCAAGAACAGGUCUUUACGAGAGUUGCGUAAGCUCGUGACUAUGCUCGCGACGUGUUUCAAGACGUUACUUUGGUCCUUCUUGUUUCUGUCCUUGGUGAUGACCGGGUGGGCAAUGCUGAUCGUUGAGCUCAUCAACCCGUACGUCCUCCAGAUGCAGGCGUCUCAUCCUUUUAGCAAUUGCGAAGAAUGCAGGCGGUCGACCACAUCGGUCAUGCACGCCAAUUUGAUGCUAUUCAAGACCGUAAUUGCUGGAGACAGUUGGGGCCUCAUCGCAGUGCCCAUGAUUGAAAGCCAUCCUGAGACUGCCAUCAUCUUUGUUGGGGCGUCCUUGACCUUAGUCUUCGGCGUACUCAAUUUGAUCGUGGCUGUAGUCGUUGAUACUUUUGCAGAGACGCGUGAGAACGAUGUCGUCAACUUGGCACAAGAGAUGGAAUUCAGCAUGGAGGAUGACCAGCAGAUUUUGAAGCAAAUCUUCCGAAGGAUCGACACGAACAAUGAUGGCGAGCUCACUCUGGAUGAGUUGCUGAAUGGAGCCCGUACAGAUGCCGAAUUUCAGAGCAGGCUUCGAGUCAUGGACAUUGACGAAGUGGAUCUGCAGCAAUUCUUCGACAUGAUCGACCUCGACGGCUCUGGCUCCAUCGAGGCCGACGAGUUUGUGAUCCCUUUGAGCCGCUGGGUGCACGAUUCCAAGACUGCACCGAGAUUUAUCAAGUACAAUCUGAUGCGGGCCAUGGCCCAACAGGAAGAGCUGCUCAAGUACUCGCAUCAGCAUUUCGCAUCUAUUUCUGAAAAUCUCCAGGAGAUAAGCCGUGAGCUUCGAAAAGGCCGACGGCCGUUUGUCGCAGCCAAGCCACGGCGAUCUUCCGAUCCUCCUGUCGCCAAGCGCGUCUCCUUCGACUCCGAAAGCUCGCAAGCAUCCAACGCAUCGGUGCCUGAGUCCAAGGCCCAGGACACCUUACGCGAGCGAGCUGCGGGCAUCAUGAGUGACCCCCACCACUCUGUUUUCCAGCGCAAGCUUGACAAGCUGAAGGCGGAUCUUGAGAUUUCUUUGCAGGCAGCCAUGGGGCAGCUGGAUGCAUGCUUCCGCGAAGCCUCCCUGGGGUUGCAGUCCAUGCCACCCACCCUCACAUCGCCGGUGAAUGGUGAAGACGGUUCUCCACGACGGAGUUUGGUGAGGAAUUCGCAAGCUGAGGGUGCACAGGAUGCAAUACCGAACCCAGCCAGUGAUCUUGAGCACAGUAAAGCUAAAGACAGAAUGCCCAGCAAGCUUUCAAAGAAAGCCACCGGAGGCAUCGAUGAAUCUGAAUUAGUUUCUGGCGACCCGCCACUAGCUAGAGUCCACAUACGAACCAUGGAAGUUUGA